AUGGCGGCGCUACUGAACCGCACGCUCGUCAUCCCGCCCAAGCUGCCACACAAGUCGGGCUUGGGCGGCAACCUGGACCCGGCCACAUUCCGCGACUCCGCGCAGGACUAUGUGUCGAUGGCGGACGUGCUGCGAGUGGCGGCCAUACCGCCCACCGUGGUGCGCACCAUCGACCUGCGCCACCUCGUUGCUCGCCUCUGCGCCUGCGACGUGGCCGUGCUGUGCUGGACGGCCUUGUGCCACGGGCUCACACGCAACACCACGUCCUUGCACCAGGUACUCACGCCUGCCUCGCUGCGCCUCGCCCACCCGCUACAAGCACGUUGA